AUUGAGGAAAGUGGAAACAAGCGGAAGACCAUGGCAGAGAAGAGGCAGCUGUUCAUAGAAAUGCGUGAGUCUUGAGUGCUUCUGCAGUCUUUGUGUGCUCAGAAUUUUGAUGUCAUACGACUGUCAACGUACAGAACAGCCUGCAAAUUACGAUUUGUUCAAAAACGAUGCAACCUUCAUCUUGUUGAUAUCUGGAACAUGAUUGAAGCCUUCCGAGACAAUGGCCUUAAUACGCUGGACCAUACCACUGAGAUCAGUGUGUCCCGCCUGGAAACUGUCAUCUCAUCCAUCUACUAUCAGUUGAACAAGCGCCUUCCUUCCACUCACCAAAUCAGCGUGGAACAGUCUAUCAGCCUCCUCCUCAACUUUAUGAUUGCUGCGUAUGACAGUGAGGGCCGAGGCAAGCUGACGGUGUUUUCAGUUAAAGCUAUGUUAGCAACCAUGUGUGGUGGAAAAAUGCUGGACAAAUUGAGAUAUGUUUUCUCCCAGAUGUCAGAUUCCAAUGGCUUAAUGAUAUUUAGCAAGUUUGACCAGUUUCUGAAGGAAGUUCUGAAGCUCCCAACAGCUGUCUUUGAAGGGCCAUCUUUUGGUUACACAGAGCACUCAGUCCGCACCUGUUUUCCACAGCAGAAAAAGAUAAUGCUCAAUAUGUUUUUAGAUACAAUGAUGGCCGACCCUCCUCCCCAGUGCCUUGUCUGGCUACCUCUCAUGCACAGGCUUGCUCAUGUUGAGAAUGUCUUCCAUCCUGUGGAGUGCUCCUAUUGCCGGUGUGAGAGUAUGAUGGGUUUCCGGUACCGAUGCCAGCAGUGCCACAACUAUCAGCUCUGCCAGAAUUGCUUUUGGCGUGGCCAUGCCAGUGGCUCUCACAGCAACCAGCACCAGAUGAAGGAGCAUUCCUCUUGGAAAUCCCCUGCAAAGAAGCUGAGCCAUGCAAUUAGUAAAUCUUUGGGAUGUGUGCCCACGAGAGAACCCCCGCACCCUGUUUUUCCUGAGCAACCAGAGAAACCACUUGACCUUGCACAUAUAGUUCCUCCUCGCCCUCUGACUAAUAUGAAUGACACUAUGGUUAGCCACAUGUCCUCUGGAGUGCCCACUCCCACCAAGAGGUUACAGUAUAGCCAGGAUAUACCCAGUCACUUGGCCGAUGAGCAUGCGCUGAUAGCCUCCUAUGUGGCCCGUCUGCAGCACUGUGCACGUGUUCUGGAUAGUCCUAGCCGACUGGACGAGGAACACCGUCUUAUAGCUCGCUAUGCUGCCCGACUGGCUGCAGAAGCAGGAAAUGUGACUCGUCCUCCUACUGACUUGGGCUUUAACUUUGAUGCCAACAAACAACAAAGACAGCUUAUUGCAGAACUGGAAAACAAAAACAGAGAGAUCCUGCAGGAGAUUCAGCGUCUCCGCCUGGAACACGAGCAGGCCUCACAGCCCACGCCUGAGAAGGCCCAGCAGAACCCCACGCUGCUGGCAGAGCUGCGGCUACUGAGGCAAAGGAAGGAUGAACUGGAACAGCGGAUGUCGGCACUGCAGGAGAGCCGGCGGGAGCUGAUGGUGCAGCUGGAAGGGCUGAUGAAGCUGCUGAAGGCUCAGGCCACAGGGUCCCCGCGAACAUCUCCCACUCACGGAGGCGGUCGCCCGAUGCCCAUGCCAGUGCGCUCUGCGUCGGCCGGCUCCACGCCCACCCACUGUCCCCAGGACACGCUGAGCGGAGUUGGGGGAGACGUGCAGGAGGCCUUUGCACAAGGUACGAGGAGGAACCUCCGCAAUGACCUGCUGGUGGCUGCGGACUCCAUCACCAACACCAUGUCAUCCCUGGUGAAGGAGCUCCAUUCAGCAGAGGAAGGUGCAGAGGAAGAAGAAGAGAAGAUGCAGAAUGGGAAAGAGAGAGGUUAGCAGAGGAGCCCAGACAAAGAGGAAGCUGGGGCUCAGAGGACGUCGAGCAAGUUGGCACCAACCCGAUGAAGGCAAGGUCUUCCCCCAGAGGCACAUUCCUAUCCAUCUUUCCGCUGCACACCUGGACCAAGCUCACAGGCUGCCAGACGUCACUUCACCCGCCGGGGAGAGGGGAGCUAGAGUGGUGGGACGUGGGGGGCGGGGAACUGCGAAGCAGCUGGUGGGCCUUCCCCUAUAGCCCUGCAUGUCCUAGCAUCUCCAUCACUCCCCUCAGGGCAUGGUCUCACUUCUGCAUCAGGAGCUUACCAGGAGGUUGAAAAGAGAAAAGAAAAAA